AUGGAUUCUGAUUCAGAUGAUGACUUUUCUAGUACACAAGGAGACACAUUUCCUCCUACGAUAGUAGGUAAUGGAAUUGGAAACAUCCCAAAUAGUCAAUUGGUCCAGUAUGAAAGUGCAGCAUGUAUUGUAGAUAAUGGAGGCAAGUAUGAAGGGUUUUAUGAAAGUUAUCUGAAAAUUGAUGGUCCAGGUGCACGACAUUCAUCAGAGAAAACACAAGUCAGUUACAAUGACAAUUAUCAGCCCACGCAUUCCGCAGUUAUAAUGCUUUCAUAUAAGAGAAAAUCCAUUGACAACCCUGAUAGGACAUCAUGUGCUUCUGAUCAGAAGUACUUAUUCCGUCCUAAAGCAGGACAACGCAUUCCUUGUUCACCGAUAGAGAAGACAACUCCAGGAUCCUGGUCUGAAAUCUCGCCUUCAGUCUUCAAGCUACGCGGGGAGAACUAUUUCAAGGACAGACAGAAGUACCCUGCUCCAAACUACAGCUCAUAUGUACCAAUUGGUGUUGAUAUGUUUAUCUGCCCAAAGAAGAGAGAUCACAUUGCUCAGCAUCUUGAGCUUCCUUCUGUAAAACCACAUGACAAAGUUCCUUCCCUCCUCAUUGUUAAUAUACAGUUGCCUACAUAUCCUACUUCAAUGUUCCUUGGGGAAUGUGAUGGUGAAGGCAUGAGUCUUGUAUUAUACUUUAAAGUUAGUGAAAGUUUUGACACAGACAUAUCUCCUCAGUUUCAAGAAUUCAUCAAGAGAUUUGUUGAGGAUGACAGCGAAACGGUUAAGGGGUUCACAUCGAACUCAUCAGUUCCUUUCAGGGAAAGGCUAAAAAUUUUGGCUGGAUUGGUGAAUCCAGACGAGCUCCAACUGAGUGCUGCUGAGAAGAAGCUUAUUAAUGCUUAUAAUGAUAAACCAGUGCUUUCCCGCCCUCAACACAAUUUCUUCAGGGGGCCUAAUUACUUUGAGAUUGACCUAGACAUACACAGGUUCAGCUACAUCUCUAGGAAAGGGCUUGAAUCAUUCAGAGACAGAUUGAAGAAUGGGGUAGUUGAUUUGGGAUUAACAAUCCAGGCACAAAAACAAGAAGAACUACCUGAGCAAGUCUUGUGCUGUAUGCAGUUGAAUAAGAUUGAUUUUGUAAACCAUGGUCAAAUACCUACUCUUGUUACCAUGGAUGACUGACUUGGACAAGCAACUGUGGCGUCCUGGUGGGUUUGCAAUAGUGAUAAUUCCGGCGGAGAAACUGAUCAGAGGAUGUAA